UUUUCUCUCGGCAACAAGUCCCCUUUUACCAAACCAAAAAUUGCAGUGUACUUUUUUUUUUCUUUCAUCUCAGCUGCAGCGUGCCUGCUGCUCCCAUGGAAGCUUUCACCAACGAAGAGUUCGCAAUUGGAUGCGCUUUAUCCAUCAAGACUACUUUAGGUGACGAGUUUGAAGCUCAAGUUAUCGCCUAUGACAAACCCUCCAACAUCCUCGUUCUUCAAGAAGGGGUUUCUGCAUCAGGGCCUAAGAGAGACAUAAGGCUAUUGAAAGCGAACUAUAUAAAAGAGUUCAGUUUUCUUGGUCAAAACCAAGACCCACUUGAUACCAGUAAAUGUUAUCUUGAUCUCAGUAGCCUUCAAGCCAGAGAAGAUUCUGCUUUAAGACAAGCAGAGAUAGAUGCUGAGAGAUUCGGGAUUGGGGUCACCGCUGAAGCUCAGAAUAUAUUUGAUGCUUUGUCUAAAACGUUGCCUGUGCGCUGGGACAAAACUGUGAUAGUUGUGAUGAAUGAGGUGCGUGUUAGCAGUCCAUACCUUCCCGAAUCUGUUGCUGGAGGCACUCCUGCUGCUAAUGAAAGAGUGCGGAAAGUGCUUGAAUUGGAGAGGAAGAGGUUGCAAUCCCGUAAUACUGGACAGUGAGAUUCCUUUUUGUUCGUCUGAGGUAUUCUUUGGAUCGGUGUCCUGCUGAGAAAACAAAUACCAAAGGCUUUAGCAAAAAUGGCCAUACAAGUAGCAUCCUACUUGAGCGAAGAUGUAUUGUGUCUCUACACCUGUAAGAGAUUUCGACUUGGGAAAAUUUUAGUGAUGGGAGUUGCUCUAUCCCUCACCCCCGUCCCCAAAGAAAAUACAAGUUUUUUUUUUCUCAUUUGCCUGUAAAAUUAAGGUAAUUUAAAUGUGCCAUAUUAUGAUUACAAGGUUGAUAACUUGAGGAAAUGGCGUCGUCAAGUAGAAACACAGCUUUGGGGGUGAGGAUAUGAUGAAGUUUUAUUUAUCUAAUCAAAAUUUGUUU